UACACACACAAGCUAGAUGGAGGGAGAGCCGUUGAAGAAAGAAAGGCUCCCUACAUUUUCUUUCCCAACAUUUUCCAAGAAAAGGACAAGUUCAGGACGGAGGACCGGAAGAAGACUGGUAGGGAAGAGCUUGGCCAUGAAAGUUAGCUGAGCUUAAUUAACUCUGAAACACGGAUAGAGAAGAAAAACAGACAGAACCACCGCCACAUACUGAAGGGAAGAAAAGAAAGACACAAAGGGAAAACAGAGAGGGAUAGGCAUUCAUGAAAAAGUAGGAAAAGGGAGAAGAGGGAAGAAUUUUCUUGUAACAGAAAGGGAGGGAUACGAGUGGUAAAGGUGGAUACAGUUUUCCAGAAAUUGGUUUAGAAAAGAAGAAGAUAUUAGGGAGAGAGAGAGAGAGAGAGAGAGAGAUCAUGGUAGAGAUGAUGGAGAUAAUGGAGCUGAAGAAGAGCGAUAUCUAUGAAGAUGUGGUGAUAAUAGGGGGUUUGAUUGGGGUGCAAUUUGUAUAUGCAGGGAACUCUGUAUUGCUAAGUUAUCUUAUGUCUACUGGAAUCAGACCUCUCACCAUUGUUAUUUUCUCUGCCUUCUCCACCUUCCUCAUCAUCUCUCCCAUUGCCACUUAUUUCGAAAGGAGCAGGUGGCCCAAGAAAUUCAGCUUCAAGUUAAUAACACAGCUGCUUUUGAUCUCUUUUGGAGGGGUAACAUUAUUCCAGACCCUAUUUCUAAAGGGGAUAAAGCUAACUUCAGCAGCAGCUGCAACCGCCAUGCCAAACCUUGCUCCAGGGUUUAUCUUUGUCAUUGCAUGGACUUUCAGGCUGGAGAAGGUAAAACUCAGUUGCUUGUACAGCAAAGUCAAGAUUAUAGGCACUCUGCUCUGCGUUGUGGGUGCUCUCGCAAUGAGCAUAAUGCACAGCACCGGGGUUACAGCAAGAGAGGCUGAACUAAAACAUCCCAUACCUGAUAUUGCCUUUGACACACAGAAGAUCAUAGGCUGCCUCUACCUCGUUGCAGCAGUUUUGGCUUUAUCCAGCAAUGUUGUAUUGCAGGCUAAAACAUUGAGUGAUUUUCCAGCACCAAUGUCAUUGUGUGCAAUAACAUCCUUGAUGGGUAUGGUUAUGACUGCAGCUGUCCAACUAAUUCAAGAUCACAGAAUUGAUGUUGGUUGGCCACUUGUAAAUAUCAGAGACUUGAUUGCCUUUUCUCUACUGGGAGGUUUUGUGAGUGGAAUAUGUGUUAGCUUCAACGGAUGGGCAAUGAAAAAAAGAGGGCCAGUCUUUGUUUCCACGUUUAGCCCCAUUAGUACAGUCUGCUCAGUCAUUCUCUCUGUGGCCACCUUAGGAGACACCAUUAAUAUUGGAAGCCUUAUUGGCAUGUUCCUUAUGUUCAUCGGCCUUUACUUUGUGCUUUGGGCUAAGGGGAAGGAAGGUUACUAUGCAGCAGAUGACAUAGAAAAAUCAUGAUGAGCUUUCCAUUUUUUGGCUAUUUUUUACAUGGGUCGAGUACUACUUAUUCUUUAUAGAGAUUGGUAGAAGGUUCCUUGGAAGGAGGAAUAUUGGAGUUAAGCAAUAGAUCAAAAUUCUGAUAAAUAUUAGUCUUCUGCAUGCAAAAAAACUCAUCUCAAGUUUUGAGUACAAGCUGAGCCAUAUGCAUGGUUGCUGAUAUAGCAGAAACUUUCGAAAUUAUUCUUUGUUGAAAUUGUUGGCUGACAAAGUUGUAGGAAGAUCUUGCAAACUCCAUCAUCAUUCUCUUGUGCACCAAGUUUUGAGAAGUUGAUGUGGUUUGUUUUUUGUCUAAUGUCUAUAUAUUGGGAAUGUACAAUUCUCAAAACAAACGAAUGGAGAAACAUAAAUCAUGUAUCAAUUAAGAAAGAGGAAUCCCAUGUAAAUAUCAUCGGUUUUGUUAAUAUUAUUUCUUAUGAAGUUC